AAUAAGGUAGGCGGAGGAGCCAGCGGGUGGGGUCUACCAUUUGUGCUGCAUGCCCCCACAUGAUCGGAUAGAACUCGCCCCCUCGCUCCCAAAUCAAGACGCGACGGCAAGAGAAGCAAAAAGUUUUCAUGCCUUGCCGUAGGCCGCCAGGAGCCCUAAGCCGGCAGCAGCUUCAGGAGCUACCUUCGUUUGACUCUCUGGUGUAAUCAGGUGUUAGAACGAAGAGAUUUGGGAAAUUAUUUUGCGGCAACAUCAGGAAAGUGCACGUCUCAUUGUGACCUUAUUGAUGCUUGAAGGAGCACAGGCAAUCAACUAUGCAGGAUAAUAUGUUCGUAGAUUUAUAUCACGUCUUCCAUGGGGAAAAAUCAUUAUAUACUUUAUGAUAAAAGGUCUUGUUACAAUAUGAGACCAUUCAGUCCAAACUAGGAAUCCUUGACUUGGUGGGUUUUUUCUGUAUUUUCUUGUCUAUCUGUUUCCCUUGCCUUCUUGAAAAGAUGCACACAUCCAUAUCAGAAAGUGAAAAGGCUAUAAUAAAUCCAGAGGCAAUGAAGUCCUUUGUAUGGCUUCAAUGUGCUGAUGGAUCCAUUCAACAAGUUGAAGAGGAGGUUGCGAUGUUUUGCCCCAUGAUAUACCGGGAGAUCCUUCAGACAGGGAUGGGGACUUCUAAAAAUUAUGCUAUAUCUUUACCAGAUCGUGUGAACCCUGCUAUUCUCAGCUUAAUUUUUGACUAUUGUCGGUUUCAUCAAGUACUAGGCCGCUCUAACAAGGAACGAAAGUCCUUUGAUGAGAAAUUUAUCAGGAUGGACACCAAAAAUUUAUGUGAGUUGACUUCGGCAGCAGACAGCCUCCAGCUGAAGCCAUUGGUUGAUCUCACUAGUCGUGCACUGGCUCGUAUGAUAGAAGGGAAGACACCAGAAGAAAUUCGUGAAACCUUUCAUUUACCCGAUGACCUUACAGAGGAAGAGAAACUGGAGCCACUAAAAAAUGUAAAUGAUGAUCCACGAAUACGUCUGCUCAAUCGAUUAUAUGCUAAGAAACGAAAAGAAUUAAAGGAGCGGCAGAAGUUAAAGGACAUUGAAGCACACGAAGAGAAGAAAGAUGAACGCUCAGUUGAUGAAAUCUUGUCUUUUAUCAAUGGAGAAGAAGAUUCCAAAGGAGUUAAGGCUCUUAAGAGUAAGAAAAAGAACAGGAAGAAGAGAGAUCCCCAUAAAGACAGUUGUAGACAUGACUCAACGAAACUAAACAACAAGGAAACCAACUUUUCGCCAAGUGCAAGCCAAUGUUCAGAAACUCGAGACAAUGAUGAUGACACUUUUCCAUCAAAUGUUGAAUUUGAAGAUGGUGAUAUUGAUGAUCUGGAUCCUGCAGUUAAGGAAGAACUUGAUAGAGAAGUAGAAGAUUUUUCCAGAAGAUUAAAUUCUGAUUGGCCUGAAAGAAUGCAAGAAUUUUUGUCUUUAGGACAAAAACAGAAUGCUUGCUCCAAAUAGGGCGAGUUCGAGUUCGACCGGUCCACUUCACAAGUCCACAGGCUUGUGUUGCAACUGGAACUAUUCAGUUCCUUGACUCUGAAUUCCAGGUCAAAUAUUAUUCUUAAUGUUUAUUGGAUGCUGCUGUUUUUCAUCGCUCGAAAUGUUACAUUGCAGGCAUCGACAGGGGAUAAUUGGUGCACCUCAAACCUGUGACACAUGGAGAUUAACGAGAGGACUCACUCGACCAAUACUUUUUGUUGCUGGCUAAGAACCACCUUGUGAAAAACUUCAAACUUCAACUCUUCUUUUUCAAUUUUUUCAUUUGCAUUUAGAGUACUUUAGUCCUUAGCCAGCAGGCAGAGUUGCAUAGCUCAUCUCUUAUGUAAAAUUUUGCUUCUCUAUUUUUUUCUUCUUCUUUUCGAUCGUUGUAACAAUUUGAGGUGGGAAAAUCAACAUUGGAACUUACUGCACCAAGCAACUGAUUCUGUUUCCACUUCGUGCCCGAAUUUAGUGUAGUUUCACAUUGGCAUAUGUAGUUAAGAAAAAUGUAUUUCUAUUCUGAAUUAAGAUGCAUUAUGUUAAGUGUUGAAA